AUGGAGUUGAAGUAUGGAGCGCAGCACGUUAUCCAUCUGUUUAUUCCAGUUUCGAUUUGCAUGGCAUUCGUUAUAUUCACGAUGAAUACUGUUGGUUAUUAUACGCGUAAAGAUGGCCAGUACUUAGAAGUUUUCAAAAGCUACAAUGUACCAGUGGAUUACAUACUUGUUUGCAUAUUUAUUUGGAAUUACGGGGGCUAUCUGAUAAUGAUGUCAGCACUGAUGGCUUUAAUAUUUAUCAAAUAUUUGCCAGAAUGGACAGUUUGGGCAGUGCUUGCUGUUAUUUCAAUUUGGGACCUAAUCGCCGUGCUGUGCCCGAAAGGACCGUUACGAAUAUUGGUGGAAACAGCACAAGAACGCAAUGAGCCUAUUUUUCCCGCACUCAUUUACUCGUGUAAGUCGCAUUUCUCGCAUUAUAGCUGA